UCGGGGCGCCGGGAGAGGGUUUGCUGGGGUUCCCUGGAGCUGCGGGCGCGCCGGGGGCCAGUUCCAUGAGCCGGCACAAAGCGGGGGCCGAAGCUGCGACACCAGAGACCGCCUCGUUCUUCGGGGACAUAAAAUCUCAGGAGCGGCAGUGUCUCCCGAGAGGCAGUCACUGAAGCAACACACGUGGGCCCUGAGGAUGGCUCACCUGCUGGGCAGCCAGGCCUGCAUGGACAGCCUGCGCCAGGACCUCACCGACCUGCAGGGCACCAUCGUCGACGUCUUCUCCCGGGCCGGCCCCGUGCGCUUCCCCUCCUGGAAGUUCCCCGACCACGUGGCCUGUGACCUGGACAUGGUGGCCCUGCUCGAGCACUAUGACCACGUGCCGGGGGACCCCGAGUUCACCCAGCUGUCCCACGCCGUGCUCCUGGAGCUGGUCAUUGACAGGCUCCUGCUGCUGCUGCAGAGCUGUGCCAGCUACCUGGAGGCCCUCAGCUCGGAGCAGACGGUGCCCCCGGCCCGGGCGCUGGGGCCCUGCAUGUCCGUGGGGCUCACCGUUCGGCGCUUCUGGAACAGCCUGCUGAAGCUGGGCCUGCUCUACCAGCAGAUGCUCUCCCAGAAAAGGGCCUGUGGAGACCCCCAUCUCCAAGGGGAGGCCCCCCUCUCCAAGCCCACGGCCAAGGGCGAGCCCGCCAGGAACCCCGAGUUUGUGACGGCCAAGUUCAUCAAGCCCCCCUCCCCGAUUCCAGGCCUGCCCCCCGCCUGCCAGGAGCCCGGCAGCCUCUCGGUGCGCGUCUCCCUGCACCCACCGGCCCGGCCCGCCGAGGGCACCCGCAGCGUCCACUCGCAGACGGUGGAGACGGCCCUGGUGCCCUGCGACGCCUGCGCCAGCGUGCAGGGCAGCCUGCGGGAGGUGGGCCGGGCACUCAUUGGCCUGUGCCAGAGCCAGAACCUGCCCUCGUCCCUCGGCCACUUCCAGCAGCUGGUGCAGAGCGGCACGGGCCUCAAGCCGCUGCCCGCGGCCACCGUGGGCCACUGGGCGGCCGAGCAGAGCCGGGACCUGGCCCGCCUGGGCAAGCACAUGGGGGCCCUCACGCAGCUGGUGGGGCCGCUGCGGGCACAGCUGGAGGAGGCGGAGGAGCAGAAGGGCGGCCUGCGGGCGCAGCUGGGCCAGCUGGAGCAGGCGCUGCGGCAGGAGCAGGGCCAGCGGCAGCGGCAGGCGGACGAGGCCCAGCAGCAGCAGGCCCGGUGGGAGCGGGACAGGCAGCAGCUGCUCGCAGAAACGGGCGAGCUCAGGAGGAAGGUGGCCGCCCUGGAGGGGGAGCUGAAGCAGCAGCAGGAGACCACGCAGGCCGUGGAGGCGAAGGCCCAGCAGCUGCAGGAGGAGGCCGAGCGCAGGGCGGAGGCCGAGAGGCGGGUGCGGCAGCUGGAGGAGCAGGUGCAGCUGCUGGCCGGGAGGCUGGACGGGGCCAGCCAGCAGAUCCGCUGGGCCGGCACCGAGCUGGACAAGGAGAAGGCCCGCGUGGACAGCAUGGUCCGCCACCAGGAGUCCCUGCAGGCCAAGCAGCGGGCGCUGCUGCAGCAGCUGGACAGCCUGGACCAGGAGCGCGAGGAGCUGCAGGGCGGCCUGGCCGAGGCCGAGGCCCAGCGGGCCCACCUGGAGGAGCAGCUGCGGAGCGCGCAGAGCGAGCGGGAGCAGGGGCAGUGCCAGCUCCAGGCCCAGCAGGAGCUGCUGCAGAGCCUGCACAGGGAGAAGCAGGGCCUGGAGCGGGCGGCCACGGACCUGCGGCUGACCGUCUCGGGGCUGGAGCGGGAGCUCGAGGCGCUGAGAGAGCGGGAGCGGCUGCUGGUGGCCUUCCCGGACCUGCACAGGCCCGCCGAGACCCAGGGCCAAAGCUCCGGCAACGUCAUGGACGACAUGGAGAGGCAGGUGCAGGCCAACGACAUCCGCAUCCAGGUCCUGCAGAAGGAGAACGGGCGGCUCCAGGCCAUGCUGUCCAAGAUUCGGGAGGUGGCCCAGCAGGGGGCGCUCAAGCUGAUCCCGCAGGACCAGCUCUGGGCCCGGCCCAGCCAGGGAGUCCAGGGGGCAGCAGCCCCCGCCCCGGCCCAGAGAGCGUCCCCGCGGCCUCUGGGCAGGUGGCACUCCCCGGGCAGCAGGGCAGCCAGCGCGGGCAAGACUCUGCCGGGCCAGCGCCGGGCAUCGCCGUCCUCGCAGACCGGCGGCCGAUCCAGCAAGUCCUCCCUGGAGGACGUCACCUACUCCACCACCUGCGCCCAGAACCCCAUCCAGGUCUUGGCCCGGCUCAGGAGGAGACUGUCACCGAGCCGGGGGCCGGCCGGCUCUGCCCACCAGCUCCGGGAGCCGCCCAUGUAGCCUGCGGUGGGUGGGGCUAGAGGGCAGGCAGCUGGCAGCCCACCCGACAGAAUAAAGCCAGGCCGCCACCC